CCUUGUGACUUUGCACAUAGCUAGCUUCAUGUACAUAACAACAGUAUAUAAACCACAGUUAGUUAGCUAUCUUAAUACACUACAGCUCAGGAAUUGAUUGGAUCAUCUGUGGUGGUGGUAUUUGAUCUCCAAGAAAUUGAAGUAACCUUUUUGCAAGUGGAGGGAGCAAGCCAUGGAAGAUAUUAUAAAUAAUUCAUCUCUGUUCUGUCCUGGAACCAAUUCUAGUUUCUUGGAGAGGAGUUUUGUUAGUGUACUGGAAGAUGGGAACCUAACAACAACCACAAAUGCCUGUAACUGCACACAGUGGAACUUGGACACAGUGGAUGCUGAGCCGAUAGCCAUCAUUCGAAUCAUCACGUCCACUAUAAGUGUCUUUGGGUCAGCCUCGAUUAUACUCUCUGUCCUGUUGAGUGGAAAACUCAACAAAGCAGAAGUUCACCCUCUGUUCAUUCUCUCAGUGGCAGACUUUAUCCUGUCCAUACUGUGGAUGAUUGGGGGUGUGGUUUGGUUGAGUCCCGGUCAGGGAGGGUGGGCUAGGAACGAAUCAGACCCUCACACUGGGAUGUGCUAUGUUCUCGGGGUAUCAACCUCCAUGGCAGCCAUGGUGACCUACUUUCUGACACUCAUCUACGCUCAGAAUGCUCUGAUCAGAGUGAUAGAGAUGUACGUCAACAAAGGGAAGCUUUUGAGUGAGAAAGACAAGCGGAAAAAAUUUCGAUACUUCUUCACUCUUGCUGGCUACAUAUUGAGCUGGGUUCUGCCCCUGUUCAUCCUGAUACCAGCUAUGGAGAGCAUUGUAGGCAUUGAGAGUACCAACUAUGGCUGCUGGUGUGUGCCCGACUUCUUCAAUAUACGUCCAGAUGAUGGGCUUGAGGUGUCACAUUUUCAAAGCUACGCCAAGAUCCACGCGACUGUUCUUGGCUCCACCUUCCUCGUCUCUACGACCCUCAUAAUAACCUUGUAUAUACUGACAUUUGUGUUUGCCAGGAAGGUUAUGAGACUGCAACAAGAGAACAGUGUGUUGGUUGACGAGGGCAGAAACAAGAAACAGAUUAAGACAAUCAUUGCACGUCUUACAGCCUUUAUCCUCAUAUUUUUUAUUUGUGGACUACCCAUUAUUGCGGCUUGCAUUGACAUCUGGCACGAGGAUGAGAAGCUCCAUCUUGAUGAGCCUGUGGAUAGAGUUAUCCUCUACUUCCAUGCUAUUCUGGCUCCACUACAAGGCUUCCUCAAUGCGCUCGUGUACGGGUGGACAAGGAAGGAGUUCAGAAAAGCCCUCAGUGUAGGAGACAGGAUAAAGUCGUUGGGGAGAGGCUACCAGUCAGUGACUGGGAAAUCAGAGUACAACUCGGGUGGCAGUAUGAACUUGAAUCGUGCCAAUCCCACUUAACAUUUAGUGCGCUGCUCGACUGUGUGUACAUGAUUUGUGUGGUGUACAUACUAGCUGUAUACAUGUAUAGGUAUUUUAUUUUGUCAUAAUGUGUCUUUUUAUGUGAUUGAAACUUUUUUUAUAUAAACUA